AGCUUACUUGGCCCUGGUUAGCUCCUAUGAACUGAGAAUUCUCUGGCUAGCUCACUGUGGGCUAACGAAGGCGUGCUUUCCUGUCGAGUUAAAUAUGCAUGUCUACGGAAGGAGGAGAGGUAGCUAGGCUAGCUAGCUGUAGUUCUUUGGAUUUUAUGUUGCAUGACUUUGGUCGUAGAUUUCGUCUAACAUUCUAGAUUUAAUCCCGUGAAGUUUUGCUCUCGAAGCUUCAUUUGAUUAACUUUUGAGAACAGCUAACUGAAAUAGCUAGCUAGCUAGCUAGUAUAGCUACCGUCCAUAUUUAGCCACAUAGCACCGUAUUCGUAAGCGCUGCCAGUCAACAUUCAGAGACCAUGCCUGAGAGAAGGCCCUUUUUCCGGCUGCCCACGGACGUCUACCCCGUUAACUACGGGUUGUGUUUGAAGCCGGACCUCAUCGACUUCACAUUUGAGGGCAAGCUGGAGGCCGCUGUGGAGGUUGUACAGUCUACAAGUCAGAUUGUGAUGAACUGUGCUGACAUCGAUAUCAUUACAGCAUCUUUUGCCCCAGAGGGUGGGGAAGAAAUAAACGCAACAGGAUUCAACUAUCAGAAUGAAGAUGAAAAAGUAACGUUGUCUUUCCCUAGUGCACUUCAGAAAGGUUCUGGUUUGUUGAAGAUUGACUUUGUUGGAGAGCUGAAUGACAAAAUGAAAGGCUUCUACAGAAGUAAAUAUGCAACUCCUUCAGGAGAAAUCCGCUUUGCUGCUGUCACACAGUUUGAGGCUACUGAUGCUCGUCGGGCCUUCCCUUGCUGGGAUGAACCAGCCAUCAAAGCCACCUUUGACAUUACCCUCAUUGUUCCAAAGGACCGUGUGGCCUUGUCAAAUAUGAAUGUCAUUGAUCGGAAGCCAUAUCCAGAGGACAACAGCCUUAUAGAGGUGAAAUUUGCUACCACACCCAUCAUGUCCACAUACCUUGUUGCGUUUGUCAUUGGCGAGUAUGAUUUUGUGGAAAGCCAGUCAUCAGAUGGUGUGAGAGUACGGGUCUACACCCCCACCGGGAAGGCAGAACAAGGGAAAUUUGCAUUGGAGGUUGCAACAAAGACUUUACCUUUCUACAAAGACUACUUCAAUGUUCCGUAUCCAUUGCCUAAAAUUGAUCUUAUAGCUAUUGCGGAUUUUGCUGCCGGGGCCAUGGAAAACUGGGGCCUUGUAACAUAUAGGGAGACAGCCCUGCUCAUUGACCCCAAAAACUCCUGUUCUUCCUCUCGUCAGUGGGUGGCACUAGUGGUGGGCCACGAACUAGCCCACCAGUGGUUUGGCAAUCUCGUAACAAUGGAGUGGUGGACUCAUCUGUGGCUGAACGAGGGCUUCGCAUCCUGGAUUGAGUAUCUGUGUGUGGACUACUGCUUCCCCGAGUAUGAUAUCUGGACACAGUUUGUGUCUGCCGACUACACCCGAGCACUGGACCUGGAUGCACUGGACAAUAGCCACCCCAUAGAGGUGAAUGUGGGGCACCCAUCAGAAGUGGAUGAAAUCUUUGAUGCCAUAUCAUAUAGCAAAGGAGCAUCUGUGAUUCGUAUGCUGCACAACUACAUAGGAGAUGAGGAUUUUAGGAAAGGAAUGAACUCUUACCUAAUGAAGUUUCAACAUAAAAAUGCAUCAACUGAAGAUCUGUGGGACUGUCUGGAACAGGCCAGUGGGAAGCCUAUUGCUGCUGUAAUGAGCUCCUGGACAAGGCAGAUGGGCUUUCCAAUCAUUGUUGUGGAUCAAGAACAGCAUGGAGAGGAUCGUGAGAUAAAAAUCUCUCAGAAGAAGUUCUGUGCCAGUGGACCUCACAAUGGUGAUGACUGCCCCAACUGGAUGGUUCCCAUCAGCAUCUGCACAAGCGAAGACCCAAGCUGUUCGAAGCUCAGUCUACUGCUGGACAUGUCUGAAACCUCUGUCGUCAUCAGCAAUAUUGGCCCUGACCAGUGGGUCAAGAUCAACCCAGGUACAGUGGGCUUCUACCGAAUUCAGUACAGCUCCAGCAUGCUGGAGAGCUUGUUGCCGGGGAUUCGGGACCUAACCUUACAGCCUGUUGACCGUUUAGGACUGCAGAAUGACCUCUUUUCUCUGUCCCGUGCAGGCAUGAUCAGCACGGUUGAGGUGCUGAAAUUGAUGGAGGCCUUUGUCAGUGAACCAAACUACACUGUGUGGAGCGACCUGAGCUGCAACCUAGGGGUGCUGUCCUCAUUGCUGUCUCACACCGAAUUCCAUGAGGAGAUUCAGGAGUUCAUAUGUGAACUUUUCACACCCAUUGGCCAGAGGCUGGGUUGGGACAGUAAAGAAGGAGAAGGCCAUUUGGAUGCCCUGCUCAGAGGCCUUGUCUUAGGGAAGCUUGGUAAGGCUGGUCACAAGCCCACGCUGGAGGAAGCACGAAGACGAUUCAAAGAUCAUGUGGAUGGCAGCCAGAUUCUCUCUGCAGAUCUCAGGAGUCCAGUUUAUUUAACUGUGCUGAAACAUGGAGAUAGUGCAACGUUGGAAACAAUGUUGAAGCUUCACAAGCAGGCUGACAUGCAAGAGGAGAAGAAUCGAAUUGAGAGAGUUCUAGGAGCCAUCUCUGCCCCCGACCUUAUCCAAAAAGUCCUCACUUUCGCACUUUCGGAGGAGGUGCGGCCCCAAGACACUGUAUCAGUGAUUGGAGGUGUGGCUGGGAGCAGUAAGCAAGGCCGCAAAGCAGCAUGGAAGUUUGUCAAAGACAACUGGGAGGAGUUGCAUAACCGCUAUCAGGGAGGAUUCCUGAUCUCACGACUUAUAAAGCUUUCUGUUGAUGGAUUUGCUGUGGACAAGAUGGCGGCCGAAGUGAAGAGUUUCUUUGAUACCCAUCAUGCACCAGCAGCAGAGCGUACUGUUCAGCAAUGCUGCGAGAACAUCCUCCUGAAUGCUGCCUGGCUGAAACGUGAUGGUGAUGACAUACAUCACUACCUACUGCAGCGCAAGGCACCUCCCAGCACUCCUUGCGAUGGAACCCCACCCCCCAACUAAACACUCGCUCGCGCGCACACACACACACACACACACACACACCACACACGGUCCUGCAGUACAAACCAGGCUUUUUUUAAAUAAGGAAAUUAUACAAAAUUAAUAAAGAAUUAAAGUCUGUUUGUAAAAGGAAGUUUCCCUCAUUCUACCCAUUAUAUGAUUAAACUCAUGUAAGUGUAUGUAUGUAAAAUGUAAGAUUUGACCACAAAGCCAAACUUGAUUAUUUGUGUUGAUGGCACCUUUUGUGUACAUGGGCAGCAGCCCAGAGAUACUUUCCCUUCUCUUGUUAUGUCUCCUUAGUUAUUUCAUUAUUUCAUAGGCUGUUUCAUUUUAUUUUCCAUUCAGAUAGCACUCAGACAGUAUGCCCAACUACAAGUAUUGAGCUAGCUUGCAACAUUUUACUGUGUAUGAGUAAGAAGAGUUUGAAAUUAAGGGGGAUACUAAUGCAUUUAGGCAGCAGUAUCAAGCACAAGCAGUUUCAUAGAUGGUUAGUAGGCACUAGGUCGGGGUUGCUUUUGGUCUGUUUACACAAUUCAAUGUGUGUGUGUUUGUAUACAAUAUACAAAUAUACAGUGUGUGUUUACAAUAUGUGUGAAUACACAUGAAUGCACAUAUGCCCGUCUACACAUACAUAAAUUCACAUGUAUGCACGUGCCUUUCCACUGUAUACAUGAAUACAUGAUUUUUCAUGAAUUAGGCAAGAAGUGUACAUGAGAUCCGCUUCCUUCUCCCCCCAUCAAAUCCCUUACAGAUUCUCUCGAAUAAAAAGGAUAUAUGUGACACGUUCUAUCAUAAUCAGUUGUAAAUCAGUGUUUAUGUAAACAUAAAGGCAUCUGUGUUUUGUAGAACAAUAUCAUGGCUUUCAUAAUCUGCACGUCUUGAUGCCAAAUUCAGAGUGAAAGUAAGCUUUUAAAUGCAAGAUGUCAAAGUGAAACACCGGAGUUGUUCAUUGUUUGGAGGCUAACUUAGCCUGCUUGUCACUGUUCACCUGUCUCAAACAACCGUAUCAGCUGUGUUUGCUUUCAUGGUCUGUUUGUCUAAAUUUCACGAAUAAAUGCUCAGAGUAAAAAUAUAGUUUAAAGGGUUUAUACAAAAGAUGACAAGUUAUAGUCCCAGAGUUAUGUUAGCCGAGAGUCUCCCAGCCACCUGUAAUUCUCGCAACAAAACUUUUUUCUUAAAAACAUGGUUCGGUGGCACUCAAAAUGAAACGGGACACAACUCCCUUCAUAUCUGGAGUAGAGAGAUAACUUUGCUAUCGCUAGAAAGCUUACAUUCUCCUCUUCCGAUUUCUUUAUAAAACUCAUUAUGUUUUGGAAUCAGUACAGCUGAUUUUGAUAGUGCAGGUCACAUAAUACAGAAAACUAUAAAAAGCUUAUUUGAAUAUUCAUAUACGUAUCUGCCUGAUAAAUUUGAUUUGAAUAUAUUUGCGAUUCAGUGAUUAAGUUUAUAUUUGGAUUGGGAGAAAACUGGGCCUUUUGAUUUUGCAGGUAAUUCUUAAAUGAAUUUUAGUAAAAAUGUUAAGUUAAAAUAAAAGGGCUUCUUGGAGUUUUACCACAAUAAUGAGUAUUUAGACAGCUGUUGUACUCAGAAGCCUUAAAUUGGUUUGCAUAAAUUAUUACACUGUGAAGUGGUGAUGGUUAUUACACUGAGAAUUUAAACAAUGUUAUACUAACAUUACAAAUCUUCAUAUAGGCUUAUUAAAUGAGUAUAUUUAAAUGUGGCUUUAACUUUAUUUUAACUUGUAGCUUUGAUCCAUACUGGAGAAGGUCAUUAAACUGUCGAAUUGCAUCCCUGAAACAUGCUGUGGUGUUCAAACAAAUAAAAACAAGAUCUGAGAGUCUGAAACUAAA